AGGCAGUAGUCACGGUUGCAUUGAAUUGCAUUCCCUUGGUCUAGUGCCGCAGAUCCUUGUGUGUAAGUUCAGGAAUUCUGUGAAUUCUGCUACAGGGAGCUGAGCAAACAUUUCCAGCUGUGACAGAAAGGAUGAACUGUACAAAUUCAGAGAAGGUUUUAGUGGGUCCACAUGGUGAGACAUACCCAGCAAGUCAUGAUGCAAACCAGGCCAUGAACAUAAAAGCCGAGGAAGUCUCAGACUCACAAGAGGAAGCGGAUCCUGUGCAAAUAACAGUUCAGGAAGUAAAGGCUGAACCUGAGAACUCAGCAAAAUUGGAGAACGCUUCAGUGGGUCCAUAUGGUGAGACAUACCCAACACCUCAUGAUGCAACUCAGGCCAUGAGUGUAAAGGCUGAGGCAGUUUCAGAUGCAGAAGAGGAAGAGGAUCCUGUCAUAAUAACGUUUGCGGAAAUAAAGGCUGAACCUGAGAACUCUACAAAUAUGGAGAACGCUUCAGUGGGUCCAUAUGGUGAGACAUACCCAACACCUCAUGAUGCAAAUCAGGCCAUGAAUGUAAAAUCUGAGGCAGUCUCAGAUGCAGAAGAGGAAAAGGAUCCUGUCCUAAUAACAUUUCCGGAAAUAAAGGCUGAACCUGAGGAUGAUGACUCUGACUCCUAGCAGGAGUUUCCUCCAUAUUUGGACCAGUUCUGGAAACCGCCAAGACUCUUAUGCAGUGGGUGCUGUACCAGGGACUACUUUCCUUAAGACAGACUGUGGAGCUCAUGACUCACCUCCAUCUAGCACUGAGCUUAAGACUGCUUGGAUCUUUACCUCCAAUGCAUCAUAUGUCUUCAUGGCAUGGUGCUUAAGCAUCGGGACAUAUUUACAUAUACCUUUUAAUAAUGAACCACCAUGAACAAAUUCUGUCUUGAUGAAGUUUUGAGUACUCUUUGCACAAAAUACAAAAAAUAAAACAAUGAUAUGAAGGUCA